AUGCAGGCAACUUCUGGUUCUUGGCUGGCUGCCUCUGUAGCUGGUGUUCCUGGCUCCCAAGAAGCCAUUGCAUCAGCUAAGGAGGGCGACUCCCCAAAAGAGGCAUGUACAUCACCAAGGACAGACAUACAUUUCAAAUUAUUUACACCAGUUAAAACUGAUGUUGCCUCCAAAGAAACUGAUGCUGCCUCCGAAGAGGUUGAUGCAUCAGCCAAGGCUGAUGCUGCCUCCAAAGAGGCUAAAGUUGAUGCUGCCUCCAAAGAGGCUAAAGUUGAUGCUGCCUCCAAAGAGGCUGGUGCACCAGCUAAAGUUGAUGCUGCCUCCAAAGAGGCUGGUGCACCACACAAAACUGAUGCUGCCUCCGAAGAGGGCAGUGCUCCAGCCAAAGCUGAUGCUGCCUCCUAA